AUGAAAGGAGUGGACGGAAGAAAAACGAAGAAUAUCCAGGAUGAAGACGUGGAUGCGAUGAUAGAGGAUAUCGUCCGAAAGUACCUGAGCAAACCUGGAAUCAAGAUUCAUGAGCUACGCUUAAUUGUGAGUGAAACAACAUUUUCGUGAUUUUGUCUGCGCUUUACUCAAAUGCAUUCAUUUUCAGAAUGUUUUCAUCUGUUCUCUGCUCUUUUCUCAACUCAAAGUGAACCGUUUCAUGGCAUAUGUAAAGGGUACGGCUGUAUACCCGAUUGGAUAUUUUCGAUGUUUGAAUACAACUUCUAUCACUUAUUUUUCGGUUUUCGAUUUCUCUCAAGCGAGGGAUGUUAUCGCCGAUAUUAGAGUGAGUGUUCUGUUCAAAAUAAGACAUUAUAGUAUUAUUUAUCAGUGCCUGAACUUGAAUCGAAUUGAAUAUUUUGCCUACGAACCGAAUAACCCCAAUUUGCUUAUCAAUUUUUCGUGUGAACAGUGGAAAGUCACAGAAGAAUUCGAGAAGGGUUCGACGCCAUUGAUAUUGGAAGCUUGCCAGGUUUUCAAAUGAUCCAAUUUCCUUCAUGAGUUCUUUCAAACUAUUUUUUUCAGAAAAUACUGAAAGAUCAGCCGGCUAGAGGCUCUUAUUACACAGCGUUUUGUUCAGAUGAGGAUGAUCAUGAAAUGAAAAAGUUAUUGAAAAUGAUUGACGAAAAGAUUCCCGGCGGACAGUGGAAAUGGAAAUAUGGAUUGUGAGUCUGAACUAUAUUCUUCCCUUCACAGAGGUUUUUUUUUUCAGAAAACUGCUCUGCUAUGAAAUGGAACACUCGGAAAUGUUGGUUCUGGUGCAACCGCCGGUUACAAUGAAGAUAUUCCCAACAUUAUCGACUUUUGUCAUCAAAAAAGGAGCAGCUGUGAGUAGUUGAGCUUUACUUUUUCUUAAACAUAUGAAAGUAUUUUUAAAAAAAGUAUUUAUUCCGAUUUUAAAAGUUUUCUGUUUAAAAAUUCAUGAAUUCUGAGAAUACAAUUAGAUGGUAAUAUGCCUUGAGUACUCGAAUCAAAUGUCAAAUAUUCUCAUUUCAGAAUGACAACAUCACUAUUAUUCAACGAUGCUUCCGUCUCCGAUGGCAGAUCGCUUCUUUCCUCCGGCCCACGUUUAUAUCGAUACGGAAUGCCGUCCGAAAAGUGAUUCCUGGAUUCGAAGGCUUUGCUUUCGACUGUAUCCUCUUCUAUUUGCCCGUAAUCCCAUUAUGGCUCAUUUUCUCUGUCAUCAUCGUUUUUCUUAUUAUCCCGGCCAUACUACUAACUAAAGAUUGUAUAAUUGUUUUAUUUAAUUCUCUGUUUUGUUCUUAACAUCCCCCCACGAUUCACUAUUCUUAGACAGUGUUAUACCAUAUUUAUUCGCAUUUUUCACUCAUCAUUGUCUGCUAUCAUAAAGUUAUUUCCCAUGGUUCGUGAGGAAAAAUGAGCGCAUAAUAUUCUGAGAACGUCGGCGAGAUCGUUCGUUCGCAAUGUCAAAAUGAAUCUUUCAAACGAUUCACGGCGACCAAAAACGUCGAAAGUGGCGUGGCCUAGCGGCGCGCACGGUUUAUCACCAUUUUGGCGCGAAAUUCGAAAUUUAACCCCAUUUUUCAUGUUUUUCGUCAAAAAUUACCCAAUUUUGUACGGUUUCGACGAUGUAAUUGCACAAUAACUUUGUUAAACUAAUCAUCGCGCACUUUUUGAGCCUAAAACGAGCAGGUUUCAUUCAGCGAAUGAAUCAAUUUAAUCGAUUUUCAAGUUUUGUGCUGAAAAUGCGCGAAUUUCAGUCAUUCGCCGAUACUUUUUGCCGUUUGAACGCUUAAAAUACUUGUAUUAACGUGCUUAAUCACUUCCGACACUCACUUUGUCUCAAAACUAUCCAGAUCGGCCGGUAUGAAAAUUCCGAAUUUGCGGCGGCGUUUGGCCGCGGAGUGCGUAUUGCGAAUGAUGCCAAAAAUGUCUCAAACGCCACUGAGUCACAGCGUGGACGUUUAUCAUUAAAGCGCACUUGCAGCGCACGCGCGGGAGUUCAAAAAUAAUAAAUUUUCGGCGAAAAUUGCGUUAUUCCCCGUGUAAAAAUUGAACGCCGUAAUUUUUUCGUUUUUGUCACAGGCUAUAUUGUAGCUGGGAGUUAGACGGUCAUUUUGAGCACACACAGAGCCAAAUCGGUGCAGCCGUCGUUUUUCCUUGUGCAAAACUGUGUAGCGAUGCGAAAUAAAUUUAAAAGUUUGAGGUUAUUUUUGAAUUGUUUCGCAGAUUUAUUACGACAGUGACGCUUGAAUACUGUUAUAUAAUGGCUAGAGACGCUGUACGGAUGAAAAAAAUCGCAACUCAAUGCAAAUAGACCGAUUUUAAAAAAACCAUGAAAGAGUAGCGUGAAUUUCUGGCUGAAAUACAUGAAAAAGCAGAAGUUUGUCAAUAUUAGAAGUUGUAGAGAUGAAAGAGAGCUUUAUCAAACGUAAAAAUGAUUAUGUGCGCGAUUGUUACGUCUUUUUUUGCCGUCAGAAAUCUAAAGUGUCGCUGAAAGUGAGCUUUGUAGGCAAACUUCCGGCCACAAGGAUCGAGUUUUUAGAAUUGUAGAAGUGAGAUAACAUAGCGAUAAAAAGAAAACUAAGAAUAUUUUUCAAUGAGCUUCAUUCAGUAAUCAAACAAAUUUAGUGUUCCGUUAAAAAAAUUUUUUUGCUGGAGAUUCCUGGUUUUUCAGUUGAAUAGUGCUUUUUUUCUAUUCGCGUGUCCGCCGCAAUCCGAUAAAAAUGAUGGGGAAAACCUGAAAUCAUUUAUCGGCGAAGAAAUAACUGUUCUUUUUUUAUUCUAACCGCUACUCCGUGCCGCUCGGCAAUUUCCACCAGCUUCGCGCCUUUCCAACUGCAGAAAUUGUCGCAACGAGUCCUGAAAAUUUAAAUUUGAGUUUUUUGCAACAAAUAUUUAACGAAAAAUUGCGUUUCGACAUGUUUUAAAAGAUAAAAACGAGAAAAAGAUUUUAAUUGCGAAACCAAAAAAUCCAAUAGUGCGCCAAGUGAGUGCAAGAUGCGCCAGCAGUCUCCUUUGGUCUCAUGUCCACGCUGUGACUCAGUGAACGCGGCGUUUUCACGAAAAUUUCAAUGUUUUCUCUGUUUAAUGUCUUCUUUCGUCGAUAGCAAACACAAAAAUAUCGGAAGUGCUGGAAUUGCGGCAAUUUUCAGAAAAUGCGUCUCAGAUUAGGCCACGCUCCUUUCUACACUUUUGGUCGCCGUGCGAUUAGGUUAAUUUUCCCAGUGAUUCGGACUCGGCGAGAAAAGCAAACGAGAAACGCUCGUGUGAGUGAGAGCAUGACGUCUCCGUCCUUCGCUCGGCAGGAAAGGGGGUGUCUCGUGGGGGGUCCAACCGGGAUAAAGAUCGGAGACGUAGACGGUCAGAGUGCACACGCCGUCUGCCUUCUCCUUCUAUUCGUGCUUGCUUCUCCUCUCCCCCAACACACUUCGCUGCCGAUAUUCCCUUCGUACUAAUGGCCUCUUCUCAGCAACUGCUUCCAUUUUCAACCAAGGACACCGAAAAAGGAUUGAAAAUCAAAGAGAAAUACAAACUAAUUAAGCUCAGGCAAACCAAUUUUCAAAUUGAGCUUCAUUUCGAUUCAGCUCACUGGGAUUUUUCUCGAAAGAAUGAGGACGAAACAUGGCAAAUGAAAGGAGUGGACGGAAGAAAAACGAAGAAUAUCCAGGAUGAAGACGUGGAUGCGAUGAUGGAGGAUAUCGUCCGAAAGUACCUGAGCAAACCUGGAAUCGAGAUUCAUGAGCUACAAUUGAUUGUGAGUGAAACAACAUUUUCGUGAUUUUGUCUGCGCUUUACUCAAAUGCAUUCAUUUUCAGAAUGUUUUCAUCUGUCCUCUGCUCUUUUCUCAACUCAAAGUGAACCGUUUCAUGGCAUCUCUAAGGACUGCGGAGAGAUAUCCGAUUGGAUAUCUUCGAUGCUUGAAUACAACUUCUAUUACACAUUUUUCUGUAUAUGAUUUCUCUCAAUCAAGGAGGGUUAUCCGCGAUGCCAAAGUGAGUGUUCUAUUGAAAAGAAGACAUUAUAAUAGUAUUAUUUAUCAGUGCCUGAACUUGAAUAAAAUCUCUUACUAUGCCUACUACCCGCAAAACCCCCGUUUGCUACUCGAUUUUUCGUCUAAACAGUGGAGAGUCACAGAAGAAUUCGAGAAGGGUUCGACGCCAUUGAUAUUGGAAGCUUGCCAGGUUUUCAAAUGAUCCAAUUUUCUUCAUGAACUCUUUCAAACUAAGUUUUUUCAGAAAAUACUGAAAGAUCAGCCGGCGAUCGGCUGUAUUUACAUAGCCUUUUGUUCAGAUGAGGAUGAUCAUGAAAUGAAAAACUUAUUGAAAAUGAUUGACGAAAAGAUACCCGGCGGACAAUGGAAAUGGGAAUAUGGAGUGUGAGUCUGAACUAUAUUCUUCUCUUCACAGAGUUUAUUUCUUUCAGAAAAGUACUCUGCUAUGAAAUGGAACACUCGGAAAUAACGGUUCUGGUGCAACCGCCGGUAACAAUGUGCCAAUUUCCAGUAAUAACAGCUUCAGUGGCCAAAAAGGGAUCUGCUGUGAGUAGCUGAGAUUUUAUUUUCCUUGAUUUCGAUGUUUCUAGAAAAAAAGUUUCGAAGAACGUUGUUUUUCGCGGGCAUAACUUGAGAAAACAAAAAUUUUCAGUCUUCCACGAUUUUUUUUUGAUUAACAAUCGAGUUGUGCACAUUGGAGCACCAAUCGUGCUACCGUAACCCGAAGCUGAGACCAAAUAUUGUGAAUAUGGGUCACUUAUACUCUUAUAAAAUCUUUCUUUUGUACAGGUGUCUUAUAGAGAAUGAGUUAUACAUGACCCUUUGGUGAAAUGAUAAAAGAGAACUUUGAGUACUCGAAUCAAAUGUCAAAUAUUCUCAUUUCAGAAUGACAACAUCAUUAUUAUUCAACGAUUCUGCCGUCUCCGAUGGCAGAUCGCUUCUUUUCUCCGGCCCACGUUCAUAUCGAUACGGAAUGCCGUCCGAAAAGUGAUUCCUGGAUUCGAAGGCUCCGCUUUCGACUGGAUCCUCGUCAAUUUGCCUGUAAUCCCCGUAUGGGUCGCUGGCUUUGUCAUCACCGUUUUUCUUAUUAUCACGACCAUACUACUAAUUAAAGAUUGUGUUAUUGUUUUAUUUAAUUCUCUGUUUUGUUCUUAACAUCCCCCCACGAUUCACUAUUCUUAGACAGUGUUAUACCAUAUUUAUUCGCAUUUUUCACUCAUCAUUGUCUGCUAUCAUAAAGUUAUUUCCCAUGGUUCGUGAGGAAAAAUGAGCGCAUAAUAUUCUGAGAACGUCGGCGAGAUCGUUCGUUCGCAAUGUCAAAAUGGAUCUUUCAAACGAUUCACGGCGACCAAAAACGUCGAAAGUGGCGUGGCCUAGCGGCGCGCACGGUUUAUCACCAUUUUGGCGCGAAAUUCGAAAUUUAACCCCAUUUUUCAUGUUUUUCGUCAAAAAUUACCCAAAUUUUGUACGAUUUCGACGAUGUAAUUGCACAAUAACUUUAUUAAACUAAUCAUCGCGCACUUUUUGAGCUUAAAACGAGCAGGUUUCAUUCAGCGAAUGAAUCAAUUUAAUCGAUUUUCAAGUUUUGUGCUGAAAAUGCGCGAAUUUCAGUCAUUCGCCGAUACUUUUUGCCGUUUGAACGCUUAAAAUACUUGUAUUAACGUGCUUAAUCACUUCCGACACUCACUUCGUCGCAAAACUAUCCACAUCGGCCGGCAUGAAAAUUCCGAAAUUGCGGCGGCGAUUGGCCGCGGACGGCGUAUUGCGAAAUAUGCCAAAAACGUCUCAAACGCGCCGUUUUCACGAAAAUUGCAAUGUUUUCUCUCUUUAAUGUCUUCUUUCAUCGAUAUCAAACAGAAAAAUAUCGGAAAAGUGCUGGAAUUGCGGCAAUUUUCAGAAAAUGCGUCUCAGAUUAGGCCACGCUCCUUUCUACACUUUUGGUCGCCGUGCGAUUAGGUUAAUUUUCCCAGUGAUUCGGUCUCGGCGAGAAAAGCAAACGAGAAACGCUCGUGUGAGUGAGAGCAUGACGUCUCCGUCCUUCGAUGGGCAGGAAAGGGGGUGUCUCGUGGGGGGUCCAACCGGGAUAAAGAUCGGAGACGUAGACGGUCAGAGUGCACACGCCGUCUGCCUUCUCCUUCUAUUCGUGCUUGCUUCUCCUCUCCCCCAACACACUUCGCUGCCGAUAUUCCCUUCGUACUAAUGGCCUCUUCUCAGCAACUGCUUCCAUUUUCAACCAAAGACACCGAAAAAGGCUUGAAAAUCAAAGCGAAAUACACAUUUAUUGAGCUCAGGCGAGAUGAUCUUCAAAUUAAGCUUCAUUUCGAUUCAGCUCACUGGGAUUUUUCUCGAAAGAAUGAGGACGAAACAUGGCAAAUGAAAGGAGUGGACGGAAGAAAAACGAAGAAUAUCCAGGAUGAAGACGUGGAUGCGAUGAUGGAGGAUAUCGUCCGAAAGUACCUGAGCAAACCUGGAAUCAAGAUUCAUGAGCUACGCUUAAUCGUGAGUGAAACAACUUUUUCGUGAUUUUGUCUGCGCUUUACUCAAAUGCAUUCAUUUUCAGAAUGUUUUCAUCUGUCCUCUGCUCUUUUCUCAACUCAAAGUGAACCGUUUCAUGGCAUAUGUAAAGGGUACGGCUGUAUACCCGAUUGGAUAUUUUCGAUGUUUGAAUACAACUUCUAUCACUUACUUUUCGGUUCUCGAUUUCUCUCAAGCGAGGGAUGUUAUCGCCGAUAUUAGAGUGAGUGUUCUGUUCAAAAUAAGACAUUAUGGUAUUAUUUAUCAGUGCCUGAACUUGAAUCGAAUUGAAUAUUUUGCCUACGAACCGAAUAACCCCAAUUUGCUUAUCAAUUUUUCGUGUGAACAGUGGAAAGUCACAGAAGAAUUCGAGAAGGGUUCGACGCCAUUGAUAUUGGAAGCUUGCCAGGUAUUCAAAUGAUCCAAUUUCCUUCAUGAGUUCUUUCAAACUAUUUUUUUCAGAAAAUACUGAAAGAUCAGCCGGCAAUCGGCUCUUAUUACACAGCGUCUUGUUCAGAUGAGGAUGAUCAUGAAAUGAAAAAGUUAUUGAAAAUGAUUGACGAAAAGAUACCCGGCGGACAGUGGAAAUGGAAAUAUGGAUUGUGAGUCUAAACUAUAUUCUUCCCUUCACAGAGGUUUUUUUUUUCAGUAAACUGCUCUGCUAUGAAAUGGAACACUCGGAAAUGUUGGUUCUGGUGCAACCGCCGGUUACAAUGAAGACAUUCCCAACAUUAUCGACUUUAGUCAUCAAAAAAGGAACAGCUGUGAGUAGUUGAGCUUUACUUUUUCUUAAACAUAUGAAAGUAUUUUAAAAAAAAGUAUUUAUUCCGAUUUUAAAAGUUUUCUGUUUAAAAAUUCAUGAAUUCUGAGAAUACAAUUAGAUGGUAAUAUGCCUUGAGUACUCGAAUCAAAUGUCAAAUAUUCUCAUUUCAGAAUGACAACAUCACUAUUAUUCAACGAUGCUUCCGUCUCCGAUGGCAGAUCGCUUCUUUCCUCCGGCCCACGUUUAUAUCGAUAAGGAAUGCCGUCCGAAAAGUGUUUCCUGGAUUCGAAGGCUUUGCUUUCGACUGUAUCCUCUUCUAUUUGCCCGUAAUCCCAUUAUGGCUCAUUUGCUCUGUCAUCAUCGUUUUUCUUAUUAUCACGGCCAUACUACUAACUAAAGAUUGUAUAAUUGUUUUAUUUAAUUCUCUGUUUUGUUCUUAACAUCACCCCACGAUUCACUAUUCUUAGACAGUGUUAUACCAUAUUUAUUUGCAUUUUUCACUCAUCAUUGUCUGCUAUCAUAAAGUUAUUUCCCAUGGUUCGUGAAGAAAAAUGAGCGGAUCAUCUCGCCUGAGCUCAAUGAGUUUAUAUUUCUCUUUGACCUUUGAAUUCCUUUCGAAAAACUUCAAAAACAUUUGGUGAGGCGUUAGACCGGAGCGGAAAAGCCAGAAUUAAAGAAGAAAGAAGAACGAAAUUACGGAAGACGGAAGAAGAAAUUUUUCCCGGAAGACGGAAGACGGAACAAUGAAUUCAACAAUCUUCGCUAGUGCUUGAACUUUAAAUUAUUUAUUGAAUUCAACAUGAUUUUUCAAAUUUUUUGCUUUUUUCCGAGACUCGACUUGAGAACUGGUUAAUUUCUGCCAGGAUGCCGGGAAAUAGUCCUUCUCCUUCAUUUUCGCCACAAUUUGAUCUUUCACUUCCGCUGGAUCUCUACAAAAAUUUGUUCAAUUUCCCGAAAAAACAAGUUCAGUGGAGCGCACUUACAUACCGAUAAUAAACUUGCGCGUUGUCCUUUGCCAAAUACGCGAGCCACCAGCCGAACGAGCUCGUCGGCGCAGAAUGACGUCACAGAAUUUUCGGGAAAAUGCCAAAUCGUCGGCCGGCAACAGUCCGAGCGUCAGAAUUGCCUGAGAAAUUUGUUGAAAUUCGUAUCCAAUCCCUCCCCCAGCCAAAUUUUUUUAAAGACUGAAUAGAAAAGUAAAUUCUGUAAGGAAAAAAUAUUUUUCAGGGUGCUGGUAACGCGGACGAUGCACGACAAAGGCAGGAAGAAGAACAAUAA